AUGGCUGCUGCGUCAAUUGCUAUGCAGCGCUCCAAUCAACGAAGUUCUUUAGAUUUAAGAGGGUCUUGCAGUGCGUCACACGGUGGCCGCAGCGAAGCGGACGGGUUUUCAUUUCGCUCUUCCAAAGCCCGCAGUAUCCGUUUCACCCCUAGUGAUCGUGAUACUACUGGUGCUCAGAACGAACGACCUUUGAUUCAAUGCCCAAGCUCUAUAGCUUCCCCAUGCAGCAAUGGAAUUGCCAGAAACGAUCCCGCAUUCCAUGCUGCCGCUGACGAGCUAACCCCGAACAUAAACGAGUUGUCUGGAAUUGGAGAUAGCAUUGCUUCAGCGCCAUCAUCCUAUCGGAAACUCCGUAAAGCUAAAUCAAUGUUCUCAACCCGGAAGCGUGCGAUGAAGUCGUCAGAUUCGUCCUAUUCACCGUUUAGAUCCUCUACCUGCUCAGAUAACCCCGAAAUGGGCCAUCUUUCCCGGGCCACACUGCGACGAUCGAAGUCUUUCUUUGCCGCGGAAAUAGCCCAGAAGCCAGAUAGCGAAAAGCGUACAGACAGCCAGAACGCAGCAAUCCAGUUAGCCCGUGAGCAAUAUCUACAGGAGUUACAGCAGUCAAAGCGAAAUGAUGGGUCGGCAUCUAUUCUUAGUGGGAGAGGACGGCACCAACCAAGGCCCUUUAGAAAAUCCCUUAGAUCUUCUAGCGGAUGGGAUGCUGAAAAUGAAACUCCCGUCGCUACUCAGCCUAUAAAACCCAGUGUAAUUUACCCAAGUAAGACCCUUCGAAACUCAAAGUCGAGGAUCUUUUCAUUGUCGAUCAAGAAUGGCCUAAAGAGGAUAUUUGGACGCUCGAUGGCACAAGAGGAAAGAUAUGCACCCAUGGUGCAGCGCAAGCAUGUAUUAGGAUUUAGUGAUUAUAUCAGUUCAGAAUCUGGAGGACCGGCGAGCAUUGGCAAUCGGCCAGCUAGUAUCAGGACGAUGAAGAGCUCGGACAGUUUUGGCACUUUUAGCUCCCGCGCAACCAGUUGGACAGAUUCGACCGCUACCAACAUUACGGCUACUAGAGAUGCUGUAUCUGAGAGAAAUAGACUUUCUAUUAUUCAAGAGAACGGCGUCCCACCUGAUUCCACCCCUUCCCGGCUGUCUUUCCAUUACAACGAUGGAUACUCAGUCUUCCGGAAGCCUUUGUAUCCGGGACGCAGCGGUAAUAAUGCUUUUAAUGCAGUGGACAGCCAGCGGGUGUACUCUGCCUUAGUCAGACAUAUUGACGAGUCCCACCGCCAGGAUGAAGGCGACAGGGCCUCAAGAGCAGGAACUGUACGGGGAUCGAUAUAUAGUCCUUCAUCGUCAAUAUACUCACAUCGCCCAACAAACACCAUUCGGCAUAUACCUAGCGAGGCGUCUAUGCGAACCAUCAGGGCGAUACCUCCAGCGCGGGGCCUAUCUCCAAGUUCACGAAGCCAGAUAUCGGUAGGCUCGAGCUACCGUAGAGAGGCACUUGCUAUUACCCCCCAAGAAAUUGCUCAGCGUAACGAAAACAUGAGUCGUUAUCGUUCAGUGGAAUCGCUCCAUCGGUCAAAAUCGUCACUUUGUCAACCUAGCCGGCAAAAGCGAUCCGAAAUUCCGAACCCGCUAGUCCCACCGCGAUUUUCCUCCUAUGAACACGCGAUAGACUCAGACGAUGAUAUCGAAAGUGUGAUAGUAUCACGGCCGGGUGAUAUUGCGCGAUCUUGUGUCUCUCCAAGUGUGUAUUCAAGGACGACCAGCGGGGAUACACCAAGGCAUUUUGGAAGCAGGAGAGACUUGAGUUUUUCGGAAUCUAGCGAUGAACGAGGUACGGUUACUAUCCUUGCCAGUGAGAGACUACCGUAUAAGCCAAAUGAUUCCGGAGGCUAUACCUGUAGCGACAGCAAAAUCAGGGGUAGCGCCGAGUGGAAAUCAUGGAUGAGCUCUCAAAUGGACCUUUUGGAUGCUACCCCUGAGAACUAUGCAAAGGUCCAAUAUGUCAAGUCCCCUAACGCUCAUUACCGGGAAAUGACAGAAAUUCAUGGCGAGUUGAAGGAUGGAAACCCUGAAGCAUCGUACACCAUGCCCCAAACAAAUGAAUCUAUUACUGCAGAGCCACCUGAAGGACCAUCAUCCCUUGGUGUUGACCAAAGGCAGCCGCUAGUAGAAUUAAAGUCAUUUACACAAAAUAAUUUUUCACGACCUCUCCGCCUAUCUCCUGAUAUACCCAUCUCCAUUUCUCGCCCGGCCGUUCAAAACCCAUCUGUUGUUGCCAGAUCGGAAUCCGCCCAUAGUGUUCAUAUAGCCCCCGACGUUGAUCCCGAGAGGUCUACUCCAACCGACGCUGUGCUUCCGAGAAAUGCGUCAAGAAGCCCAAGCGCCUCUCUAUUGGCUUAUGAGAAGCCCGAAUGCCUGGACCUUGCCACAUUGCCAGUUACACCCACGAGACUCCCCAAAGCUAUCCAGAGCACUAUUUCGCUCCGCAAUCACAGUGGGAAAGAUAGCCCGACCAGGCGACUCAGCGAUCCUAGAAAAUUGGCACCAACAGUCAAUUUUAGCUCUGUUCGCAACAGGAGAGACAAUGUCCGAGUGACCAAUGAGAACUUAAGGGGGAGCAGAGUACCUACUAAGAGCAACUUGCCAGAGUUAGGAGAUAUUCAUUCGACAAUUAGUAGCAAACGCAUGGUGGAUAUAUUCUUGAGUCAGAGACGGCGUCAGAUGGGGGGAGCAGAGAAAGGCACAGAGCAUGCUUUUAUCUAG